AUGUCCCCCACCAAGCAUGAGAUGACCCCAGAGGCCGCUGCCCGCAUUCAGUCCGCACAGGACAAGAAGGGCGCCGACACGAGCGCCGGUACCUUCGCCGCACGCGUACAGUCCGCCGCCGACCGUAACACCAACGCUCACCACCAGCUCGAGGCGGAAGACGGCUCUCACAAGCGCGAGAUGACGAAGGAUGCUGCCGCUCGCAUUCAGGCUGCACAGGAUAAGAAGGGUGCAGACACUGGCAAGGGCACUUUCGCUGCCCGCGUACAGUCGGCUGCCGACCGCAAUGCCAACGCCCACCACCAGCUCGGCGAGGAGGCGCCUGGAGAGCACGCAUGA